AUGCAACUUAGAAGAGCAGCCAGAGUCAUUAUCGUAGGCGCCCCUGGCGUCGGCAAGGGUACCCAGAGCGAACGGUUGUUGAGACGGUUCCCCCAACUUGCGUCCAUCAGCACCGGCGAUUUGCUUCGCAGCAAUGUCAAGAACCGGACGCCCCUCGGUCAGUCCGCCCUCCCCCCCGGCCGCAAAGCCCAUCAAAGCACACCCCUCAUUGACAUGACCGCAGGCAUCAAGGCCGAGAGCACCAUGAACGCCGGCGGCCUCGUCGCCGACGACCUGAUGCUCCGCCUCAUCUCCAGCGAACUCCGGAACCGCGGCUGGCUGCAGAGCCAUGGACCCCCAGAGGUCAUGACGCUCUCGUCCGAGGCCACCGCCGCCGCCGCCGCCGACGUGCAAGCUCCCGACACCAUGACGCUGGGCGCCUUUGCUGCCGGGCGUCCCCUCUCGCCGGCGCAAGUCUCCGAGGACCCCACGGCAUCCUUCAUCCUCGACGGGUACCCCCGCAAUGCCGCGCAGGCCAGCAGUCUCGAGGGCAUCGUCCCCAUCAACCUGGCGGUUUCGCUCAAGACGCCCUUCGAAGUCAUCCUCGAGCGCAUCGCCGGCCGCUGGGUCCACGAACCCUCGGGCAGAGUCUACAACACGACCUUUAAUGCGCCAGACGUCCCCGGUCGCGACGACGUCACGGGCGAGCCUUUGACACAGCGCCCCGACGACACCGAGGACGUCUACCGCGCGCGCUUCCAAAAGUUCCAGGAGGCCAGCGAGCCCCUGCUCGAACACUACGCCAAGAGGGGCAUCCUCGUCGAAGUCGAGGGCAUGAGCAGCGACGAGAUUAGCCCCAAGUUGUACCAAGUCUUUGAACAGCGGUUCGUCAUGUAA